AUGAGUUUCAGGGAGGAGAAUGAAGAUCUCAGGAAACCGUUCCUCCACACGAGGAGCUGGUACCGUAUGGGGUUAAGGCAAUCCAGCAUGUUGGGAUCUUCUCAGGCCAUUCGUGAUAGCUCCGUCUCUAUCGUCGCCUGUGUCCUCAUCAUCGCCUUGGGUCCUAUUAAGUUUGGCUUCAUCUCUGGUUAUUCUUCACCUACCCAAUCAGCCAUUACUAGCAACCUGAACUUGACUGUAUCGGAGUUCUCAUUGUUUGGUUCGCUCUCAAAUGUGGGCGCCAUGGUUGGGGCAAUAGUGAGCGGUCAGAUUGUUGAGUACAUUGGGAGAAAAAGGUCCUUGAUGAUAGCUGCCAUCCCUAAUAUUAUUGGUUGGCUUGCAAUAUCAUUUGCCAAAGAUUACUCAUUUCUUUACAUGGGAAGAUUGUUGGAGGGUUUUGGUGUGGGAAUAAUAUCGUACACGGUUCCUGUAUAUAUAGCUGAGAUAGCACGUCAAAACAUGAGAGGCCGCCUUGGUUCUGUUAAUCAGAUGUUUUGCAAAGAGAUUGAAAUCGCAGAGAAGCUUUUUCUCAAACUAUGUGUUUGCAUAUCGUUAGAUGUUUGGAUUCUUUUGAUUUCAACAACAUGA